UGAUGUUUUUCUGUCAGUUACUAAGUGAUAGCCAGGCUUUUACAAGUUUUGCCUAACACGCCUCUCCAGUGAGAAAAUCUGGUCCAUCGAAUAUCAUCGAACUGUACAAAGAUAAUGAAGAGACCUAGGCUGGAAUAAUUCAGUAUAGUUAUUUUCAUAGUCCUGCCCUAUUUAAAGUUACUACGCUCCUAGCCCAGUUUAAAUAUGCAUGAGUUUGUCUCAACCGAGCGGUGCAACUUACUGCAUUGUACUUGCAGAUGAGUGAACUCCCAGUAGCGCACUGCCAUUGAAAUUAUUCCUUGAAAUAAGGAAGUAAUGAACCAUUGUAGUAGUUAUCCUCCAGCAUAUUGCAGUUGCCACUGCCUGACGUCCCUGAGAUGAAGCUGUAUAUUUGGUUAUUGAGGCGAUUUUAUCCGGGCUGGGGCUGUUGGGGGUGUGUGUGUGUGUGCACGGCUGGCUGUCUGACCACCCUGCUGGCUGUGGAACCACUGUCUGACCACCCUGCCAACGGGGUACCCUCCACUGUGGUUGCUGCACUCUUACCACGCUCCACAUUUGUAGCUUUAUCUUAAGAAUAUAUAUAUAUGUAUGGUAAGACCUUAAAAAAUCAGUAUGUUAACUUUAAGCGUAUGGAACAAGUUAUUUUUCAUAAAGCAUCAUUCAUGAAUCACUAUCUUUUCGGUCCUAGCUGUGUAUAGGAUGACAGGGUGACCCAGAUCAGAUGAACUAUCAAGAAAGUUUUUCUUAGUUGCCUGAUGAGAAGGUUUAUAAGAACAGCUGGGUGAUUGUAUUGAGUUUGUGUGGCAGUGUUUGGGGAGGGAGGUACAGAGGUGGCUUCUGUGAGAAGCUGCUAGAAACUUCUCCUUUGUCUGAUGGAGCCACUGCCAGCAGCUCCCAGAGGACCUGCCACUGCCUAAGGCUGAGCCCAUCAGCGAUGGUGGCAGAGUCUCUGGGAUAAUCUAUUUAAGAAGGAGGGGAAAAAAUACCUGUGCAACAAAUUGCAGCAGAAGAGAGGAGUGAUUAUAUGUGAGAGCAACAACACUGCAGACACCAAGAUGGGAUGAGAAAAGAUAAGUGUCCUGCACUGCAAAUGGCCUCCUGUUUGACAUUUAUUGUUUGCUAGUCUGGAGUCAGCUUUGGUGGAUGAAGAAGACUGAUGACUCUAAGAUGUUUGACAGAAUCAAACCCUCUGAUGAAGCUUCUGCUUCUUCAGCACAAGGAAUCCACAGACAUGGUGUUGAAGGCUCUCUACAACAGGACAGCAAUUGCAGUUUACACACAAGAGAUCAAGAACUUCCUUGGCCUGGAGUAUCCACUGUGCAAAAUAGACAAGGAUACUGCAGCUGUUGCCAUGUACACUACAGUAAUCUGGAACAGCAUAUAUUCAGCUCCCAGCACAGACAUUUUACCACUUACUGUAGGAAUCGUAUGGGUACUAGUAGCUUGAUGGAGCGUUUCCUGCAGGAUGUUUUACAGCAUCAUCCCCACAGAUACCAUGACAACAGACCUACAUAUGAUGACAUGCCACUCCCUGUCACUCCAGAGGCUGCUAGGAUUGCUUGCCUGUCCCCAGAAGAGGCGGAGAAAAAGAGGAACAGAGUCAGACAGGAUAUUUCCCGCAAAGACCAGGAGUCUGUUGGUGAAAUACACUCUUCUGCUCCAUGUCAGUCUCAUGAGGGUGCGAAGAAAACUUAUGUAAUGCAAGCAUUUAUUCAAAAACUAGAAAGAGGGCAGGAACAUGUUAUAAGAAUAUCCCAGCAGUCUAUGGGCAUUUGUAGCAAUGAGAAGUGGGAUACCCUGAAAGAUGCUCAAAUUGCAAGUCAUAGCCAUGAAGGGCAGCUUACUGCUGUGAGCCCUGUACCUCAGUGGUUUUCUGUCAGUCCUGUAAUCCAUACUUCUGUUAAUCCUAAACCAGGAAAAAAUGUUAGGAAUUUGGCAGCAUCAAAUCUGAUUCCGCAUAGUGUAUGUGCUAAAACAGAAAUGGAGGUAUGCAGUAGUGAUGUGUCACUGAACCCAUGCUUGAAUCCUGCCCCGGCACCAGUUCACCCAAAACGCCCUUCGGCUUCUCAUCAGAAUCUUAUGUGCAGCCACAGCAAUUCUUUACGUAUUACCUCAGGUCAAUCUCUCUCAAAACGAGAUGGUUUACGAACUCAGGAUGAAACUUUGGCAUCUGAUUUCCAUCUCAGGGAUACUGUGGGUAUCAGCAGCUCCCUAGAUCUUGGGACAUCCCCACAACUAGCAAAAUGCAAAAACGUGAAGACAAACAGAGGUGAUGAAAGUUCAGUGGAUGAAACUAUUGAAGAUGUAAUUUUGAAAUACUGCCAUGGAACUACCUCUGAAGAAACUUAUUUCAAAGAAGACAAUAAUCCCAGUUUAACUUUUUCAUCACUUCUGGACCACACUCAUUUAGAGGGUUCUGAAAUGAGUUUUGACUGUGAUGCACCUAUUCAGGCAGGAUCAGACUUAUCCAAGGUAGCUGUAAAAGAUAUAGAAUUCCUAAAAGAAGUCCAAAUAAGUUUGCAAGAUAAAGACUAUGGAACACAGCUCUCUUCUGUUUUAAAAAGUGAGUCGGUAAAGAAAAUAGAAGCAAUGAAACAGGAUGUCAUAGUUCAUACCGAAGAACCGGUUCUUCCAGCUCUGCCUCAUGUGCCUCCUUCUUUUGUGGGAAAGACGUGGUCUCAAAUAAUGUAUGAAGAUGAUAUAAAAAUUGAAGAACUUGUGCGUGAUUUCAGGGAAGGUCGUUUUCGCUGCUACUUUGACAGUGAAUCCUCAGCUAACUGUACAGGGAAGAGAAUGAAGAAAAAAAAGCAGAAGGAUGAAAAAAAGAACAAUAUCGUUGAAGGUAAUAGAAGAGAAAGUGCACCAGUUAAAGCAUUGCCAGAAUUUAAUGAUGCUUUAAGUGGUGGCUGUGAUUUUGAUAACCCAUCUUUAGCCUCAGAUACACUAUGCAACCCACAAAUUCAUAAAAUGCCUAGGAAAAGGACGUGGCGCCUGGCUUCAAGAUGCCAGGUGGUUAAAGUGAGCCAUGGCACCCAAACAAGUCUGUUGAACUACCCUGUAGCAAAACGAAAAAUGUCUAGAAGGGAAUCUGAUCCAGCUGAUCAGAAAGCAAGCAUUGUGUGGCCGGAGAAUGAAAAAACUCCCAACAUGAAAACCAGACUAUGUGCCCUUAAACUUCCUGAGUCCUAUAGCAAGAUUAUGAGUCCUAUACAGCCGAAGACAGUGGUGUAUGUACUUUCAUGCCCAGAGAUAAAACAGUGUAAAGGUAAACCUUCAGAUACUCUCAAAAUGAGGAAAAAUUAUAACUCUGCAGAAAGCAAGGACUCUGUAAGGUAUAAAUACAAACAAUGUUCUUUAAAGUAUUAUGACCCACUGACAAAUCGAAUUCUGAAAAUGCCUCCAAAGAGUGUAGUUGGAGAAAAGGCCAAAAAGCCCUCCCACGUUCGACAGCUUUUCAGGAGUCUCAGCUUUGAUGCAAACAUGAGGAAACUAACUGAUGCACAGAGAGAAAGCACACCAUCAAAGUCACUCAAUUGGUCAGACUUCUAUAGUUCAUCUUCAGCAUCUUUCCUGCCAGAUCCAGGUAAAGGGAACGAUGCAGCCUCAAGUCACAAAGCAGAUGGAUCUUCUGUUUCCACAGAAAGAACAGAUUGUCUGUUAUCUGGCCACUCUGAGAAGUCUUUUAAACAUCUGAUUAUUUCACCUUUGAACUCUCACCAGUCUGCUGUAGAAGGAGAUUGUAGAUUAACUCCAUUUAACAGCAGAGUUACCAAAACUCCUCUGACAUCUGUCAGGAACGAGCGGUUAGAGAGGGAGAAUCCAAAGGCAAUAUGGAAGAGAAAAGAAAGCACUAAUAAAGAACCAGUUUUUUCCAGAAAGUCUGCAGGAGGGCCUGUGUCUGUCAGACGUACUGUUGGGAGGAGACGAAACAGAGUAACUACAGGCAAACAAACUUCCAGAAGUAAAAAACAGCAAAAAGAGGGGAUGAGAAGGAAACUUCAUCCUCAUGCCCAGAAGUCUUCUGCUUUCUCCAUCCAUAGGUGCCAGACAAGGAAAACUACAGUGGGAAAGCACCCUAAGAAAGAAAAGCCUGAUGCUAAAAAAUUAAAGGUGAGGAGGAAACCAAAAAGGACCUUUCUGAACUCAACAGUUGUCACAGGGAUUCCUGAAAAGAGGCAGAAGGUCACAUCGGAAUCUUUUCCCAAGAAGCCAGAGCAAACUUCUUCCAAAGUCAGGAAUUGGGAAGUGAGUGGAGAUCGGGGUCACCCUAGCACUGUGAACCGACCCUCUAGAAGAACUGCUGUACCGUUAAUUCGAAACUGUCUUGUUCUACCAGGUGACAGCUAGCUACCAAAAGAUUUUUUGUUUUUAUAGCCAGCACCUGGAAAAAGAUUGAGGAAAAGGAAAGGGAACAAAAGGAGGUCAUAGACGAAGCUGUUGAAGUGCUAGAGCUGCAGAAAGUGCAAAGCCAGUCUAAUGUGAAACAAGUACAACUGUAAACUCUGCUCUUGUUCCUGGAAUAUGGGGACAUAAUGUGUUGCACUGUUCUACUGUGUAAAGCUGCAGAGGUUGUGUGUUUGAGUUAAAAAGCACUUAAAGUCAUAUUUACUAGACUUCACCCGUACAUCAGAAAAAUAAGCUUGAAUAGUAUCAUAUUGUUUUCGUGGUAUUAGUGCGUAAUAGUGCACUAUAAUAAGGUAAACUAGAAGCUGUAUUAAUUAAUUGUGCCUAUUCUCAUUUUUCCACAUAAUUCUAAAGUGCAAAAAAUGACUUGGUUGUUAUGCUAGAAAUUAAAUGAAGAUACAUUGAUCUGGACUGGCUGAAUUCUGUGUGUGUAUUUUGUGUUUGUGUAUAUGCACACCUCCUUUGACACGUAAUAUAUAUUUGCCUAUGAAGUGGCAUUAAAAUUGAUACAGUAUGAUACAAUUCAGAUCAGUUCAGUGCUUUCUUGAAAUGGAAUAUAAUUGUACAUGUUUUUAUAUUGACUUUUUUCCUGAGACCAUGUCCAAAGCAGUUAUUUUGGACACAAAGUCACUGUGGGCUCUCAUCAAGCAAUAACGGACCAUGCUGGUAAGGAAACGCGUCUCUCUAGGGCACUGUUCAAAUGGUGGUGGCUAAACUGAAAUCUCAAAUUCCAAAAGAAAUACAGGCUUAGGGUUUGGAUUGUGGGUUUGGGUGUUUUGUUUUGUUUUGUGGUUUGGGGUUUUUUAAAAUAGCUUAUUGAUUAAGUUUUUAGGUGAGUUUCACAUCCUUAGCAUGGGGGUAGAAAACCUAUAAUGCAAACAAGUAGCAGUGAGUUGUUCUAGAAUGUCAACCUCAAUUUGGAGUUUCUGUGCUUUUUUGAUUUUAAUUGGGUGUACUGUUGGUUACAUUUUUAUGUACUAUAUUUGAAACUUUCUUUUUAAACUUUCAGUAAAAUAUUUAAAUAAACCUAAAGCAGCAUCUAUCUAAAUGUAUUAGAGUUCAAAUAUCUGUUUAAACAGAUAUUUAAAUAUCUGUUUAAAAUAUUUAGUUGAAUUAAAAUUAAUAUCCCGUAGUGAUUCAUGUUUGGCCACUGAUGCUCUGACUAUUAUGAUUUUUAUGGCAAAAAGGACCAUAGGGUUUUGAUUUAGUUUUUUCUUUUUUUAAUAGUUAUUAUGAUGACAGCUUAUUUAAUGUGUUUAGGAGACACAAAUCCCCAGUCUUGCAGAUAUUCCUGUGCUUUAAGAUUGAAGGUUAAUUGUUGAUUUGUAUGAAGUUAAGCAUAUAGUUAAAUGUCAUCAUAGUCAGGGCUCUGGUUUGUGAAUCUGCAAUUUGGUAUAUUCUAUAAUCUGUGUUACUUUAAAGGCCUUUGUAAAUUCCGGAGUUGUACAAUGUGUCUUUCAGAACACAAGAAAAACAUAGAAAAGACCAGACCCUGCUCUCUCUGCCAUGGAACAUAUCUGUGCAAUUUCCCCUGAAAAACCAAAAUCAUUCUUGAUUCAUUUUCUAGAGUGACAAGACUGCUGGUUUGGAUUGAGAUAAAGGUGGACUUUGAAAUGUUUUAUUUUAAUAUACAGUAUCUGAAAGAAAUAUAAAAGCUGUCAUCAUAAACCACCUGUUCAAAAAAUAUUUUUGGGAUUUUUUAAAUUUAUGUGCAUAUUUCCCAGGGUAAAUAAAAGAUAUGCGUGUACUAAAGCCACCUGGAAACUAAGUUCCUUUACAAGUCAAAUAUGGUCUGACAGAUAUAUUUUUUUAAUAUUUAUUUUAUUUUUUAAAUACAAGUUGAUUUCUGUGGAUAAAUUUUCCUAUGGUUGUCAGUGGACACAUAAUCAUGACUGUAUUGCAAGUCACUGGAAAAUGAAGUGUUAUAACAUGAUUUCUUACUGCCCUCUUAACUAAUUGUGCCUCUAUAGUAUUUUGUCUAAUAUAAAACUGGGUUUUUUUCACAGCAAAGUUUUAAAGGAAUGGUUUUUAUAGAAAGGCUAAUUUUUAGAUAAAACAAAAAAGAUUUUUUAUAUAAAGUUUGUUUUAAAGCAAAGCUUUAAAUUAACUCUAUAGGUAAGUCCCAUUCCAACAUAUUUUUAUGAUACAAGAAUGUUUUCCUAUCUAACUUCUUCUAUCUUAUUUUUCACAAUAUUGUACACGAAGAGCAUGAAUUUUGUGUGUGAGUAAGGUUUAAUGCACAUUGUACUUUUAAGAUCACUAAUGCAUAUUUGCUUAUAGCCAAAAAUACUGUUCUCCAUACUCAUUCAUUGCAAGCUUGUGUUUCUCCAGCACAUAACUUCCUUGAAACCUUGAGUAAUAAAAGUAUCUUGAGGACUAUAGGAUGACUAAUAUUUUUAGCCUGUAAUGUCUUCCCCCCUCCCACCCCCUCCCCCAAUAAUACACCUCCUUGUCAGGGUGUUUUUUUAAAUAGAAAAAUGUAUUAUAUUUAAAUAAAAAGUGUAAGUAGCUAUAUAUUUUCCUAAUAAAUAAAUAAAUAAUUUAAAAAUUUAACAGUUUUUUAGAAGAAUAAGACUUGGGGUGCAAGUCUGGAAACAUUUCUGUGGUUGACAGCGUCAAAAUAAGACAGUGUAAGCUUGGAUGUUGUUCUCUGCCUCACUGGCUGUUUAGAAAUCUCUUCUGUGCAUGCUCAGUGACUACUAGGAAAAAAGGGAAGAUUGUGAUAUAAGAAGUAACUGUAGAAACUGCUUUGAAAAGCUAAUUGAUGAAGAUAUCUGCCAAGCAUAAAAAAAUUGCAGACACACUCAAAAUGCCAUGUGCAUGAAGGAGAAAAGAGACGUUUUCUGGGGUCUUGGGGAAUUAGUCAAACUGGUUUCUAUUAGAUAAAUAAUGCAGGUUCUGCUGCCUUUAUUGAAUAGUACAUUGUUUCAUUAGGAGCAUGACUGAAACUUUGAAACAUGAUUAUGAAGCCUACGCUAAUGGAAAACUUUAGAGCUGAAGCACUUUCUCCUGAAAUUGAUAGGAGGGGUUGGUUGGUUUGGGGUAGUAGGAUUUUUUUUUUUUGGUUUGAUAUUUUUGGUUUUAAAAAUUAGUGGACAAAUGUUUGCAUAUCUUAAUGUAGAGAAGCAAGAAAAGAACCAUUGAAAAGGAGGAAAGUCAUGCUUUUUUGAAUCUAAUUGGCAGCAGUUAGAUGCAUGAUAUAAUACUUGAGAAAAAUAAUUUCUUCUGUGCAUAUGUAAUUUUGACCUUCUGCAAGUUCAUACUUACGGGUUUUUUUAUACAUUUCAUAAUUUUAAAAAAGUCUCUCCCCUCACAAAGUACUCAACCUUUUAACACAACCCCAUUCUAAGCAGCUUGACUUUUUAGUAUUCACUUGUAUUGUGAACCUUGAGAGUGACCUGUACGUAUGCCAGGUGCUAACCAAACGUAGAAUAGCAAGUCCCCAAAACUUCAGGUAUCUGAUGCUUGCACCUAGCAGUUCUUCAGUUCUUUUUCUGAUAGGAGUUUUUGCUUUCAAGUUUGCAUCCAAUGUUCUUGUACUUGUAGUGUGAAAGUGCUCCUCUCUGGUACUCAGAUAAAAUGAGGUGUUUCGUUGUACUUACAAUGAGACUAUGACUUAAUCUGAAGUUGUGUUUAAGUUUCAUGCUAAAUUUGUGCCCAAAUGAAAAUAAUGGUUUUUUUGUGGUUUUCAUGUUCUUGUAAUUGGUAGUGUAUUUUGCAGUACUCUUGUUUGAUGCUGUAAUGUUUUUAUCUGCUUCUUUGUCUCAACUGUCCGUGGUCAUUUGACACAAUGUGAGUUUAUAAGAAUACAGUGAAACUACAAACUUGUCCAGUGCUGUUGCUGGAUGCUUGUUCUUUGUAUCCUCAGCUUAUUUAAUUUCAGAUUUAUUGUUUCCAUGCUUUUCCUCAGUUGAAUAUUUGGAUAAUUUUUUUAAAUGUUGCGAAAUGCUAAUUUACAGGACAGGAUACUCUGUUUGGAAUUAAAUCAGUGACAGGUAACAGGAGUGGAUGGUGUCCUGAUCUGAAGUGUUGAGGGCAAGCUGGUUUAUGCUCCUGUGUUUGGGAGUCUGCUUCCUUCACUGAGUAGUGUGAAACAGGAGUGGGAUGAUGUUUCUUGAUUUCUUUAGCUGUCGUCUUUCUUUUUCCCCUAGGGUAACUUUGCCCGAGAAUGGAGUAAUCUGAAUUUGUACUUAUUGUGGAAGUAAACCAGUAUUUCAACUAUUGAUGUUUUGGGACAGAUAAGAAAAGUAAAAUGUAUCUCACUUACUAAUGCAAUUAAAAUCCCAGAGUUUUUGUCUUUAAUCAUUUAUCUGCUAUGAAUUACAGCAUUCGCAAUAAUCUUUUUCAGAAGACUGUAGUAGCAUAGGUCUGAGCAUGCCCAGAAACAAAGGUUUUGUUCCUUGUUUAAGUUUUGCAGUUAUGAAUUUAUUCAUUCCAUCAGCAGAACAAAUCUUGUUUUAAUAAAAUAAAGACUGAAAUUCCA